AUGUCUAUAGAAGACAAGUCAGAAUCAUCUUCCUCUAACAAACCCACCUCAUUACACCCUGCUUAUUCCGUAACCAACAUCCAGACUAAGAUUCGAACUCUUGACGGCACCAAGUGGAUUUAUAGUACCAUAUCUGAUGAUUUUCUAGUUCGGGUACUUGAAGCAGAUACCACUGCAAGAGCCGCUUGGGUGAAACUGGAAAAAAAACAUUUUAGCAACAAGAAAGCUCGUGCGGCUGCCUUGGAGACAAAGGUCUGUAAUCUUACACUCGCUGCUUGUUCGUCUCUUGAAGACUACUUCCAAAGGUUGAAGGAUCUUGCUAAUCAACUUGAGGAUGUUGAUCAUUCUGUCACUGAUGAUCAACUUGUGCUACAACUGGUCCGCGGGUUGCCAUCAGAAUACGAUACCACUACGAUACCACUGCUUUGA